CUGGUCACAAGGUGGCAUUUGUUCGGUUGUUCAAUCCCCUUUCUGGUCCUAGAACCGUCUGGGCGGCUCGGGUCGGCCUCCAGGAGCUCCCCUAGGCUGGUCGAGGUAGGAAGUUCAAGAAGCGAGAGAAGGCGAUGCGCAUGAGGGAUUCUGGAGGACCGCCACUGGGUGGCGCUGACAGCACUGCUCGGCUUCCGCACCUGCGUCCAGGGUCCGCCCCAGGAGAAACGACGCUUUCCGCUCCAAGGUAUAAACAAGGGGGCUGUCCGGCGGAAGCUCAGGCUCGGGCCGGUGUCGGUUCUCGCGGGGCGGCGAGCCCAGGCCAGGCCAGGCCCUCGACGCUGGCCAGGGCCGUCCGAAAAGUGGCCUGGGCGAGGCGAAGCGAAGCAGCCCGAGCCGGCCGGCCGGUCCCGGGGCUUCAGGGCCCGACCGCUCCUGGGACCUUGUGGCUCGGCUGUUCCCCCCCUCAAACCCCACCCUUGGUCCCCCGACCGCGGAGCUCACGGCUGAGGCUGAAGCGUCUCUGGGGUCGGACGGGCGGCGGACAGCCCGGCCCCGCCUCCUCAGGGGAGGGGGAAGGACUUAGGGCCGGUUUGUUUUCCCUCUCCCCGGGGUCGGUGGUGUCGGUGGUUCUUGAACAAAGAACAAACCAAAAUGGCUGAUGGCGAGGAGGAGGAGCUGCAGGUGGCGGAGCCGCCGCCGGGGCCGGGGCCCGGGCUCGGGGCCGCAGACCAGGAAAGCUUGGAGCUUCUCGAGGCGGCCACUCCAGCCGAGCGGAGCGGCCACGUCGCGGUUAGCGACGGGCGACACAUGCUUGUCUGGGGCGGCUACAAGAAUGCUCAAGUCAGAGGAUUUUAUGAUUUUUAUCUGCCUAGAGAUGAAAUAUGGAUCUACAACAUGGAGACUGGAAGAUGGACGAAGAAAAACACUGAAGGUGAUGUUCCCCCUUCUAUGUCAGGGAGUUGUGCUGUUUGUGUAGAUAGGGUGCUAUACUUAUUUGGAGGACAUCAUUCAAGAGGCAAUACGAAUAAGUUCUACAUGCUGGAUUCAAGGUCUACAGACAAAGUAUUGCAGUGGGUAAGAGUUGAUUGCCAAGGAAUUCCCCCAUCAUCAAAGGACAAACUUGGUGUCUGGGUAUAUAAAAACAAGCUAAUAUUUUUUGGAGGUUAUGGGUAUUUACCUGAAGAUAAACAACUGGGAACUUUUGAGUUUGAUGAAACAUCUUUUUGGAAUUCAAGUCAUCCCAGAGGAUGGAAUGAUCAUGUGCACGUUUUGGACACAGAAACUUUUACCUGGAGGCAGCCUAUAACUACAGGUAAAUCUCCUUCUCCUAGAGCUGCCCAUGCCUGUGCUACUGUUGGAAACAAAGGCUUUGUAUUUGGAGGCAGAUACCGAGACUCCCGGAUGAAUGAUCUUCAUUAUCUUAAUCUGGAUACAUGGGAAUGGAAUGAAUUAAUUCCACAAGGCCUAUGUCCAGUUGGCCGUUCUUGGCAUUCUUUAACACCAGUUUCUCCAGAUCAUCUUUUUCUCUUUGGCGGAUUUACCACUGAUAAACAACCACUAAGUGAUGCCUGGACUUAUUGGAUCAAUAAGAAUGAAUGGAUACAGUUUAAACACAGCUAUGCUGAAAAGCCACGGUUAUGGCAUACAGCGUGUACAAGUGAUGAAGGAGAAGUGAUUGUUUUUGGUGGAUGUGCUAACAACUUACUUGCCCAGCACAAAGCAGCUCACAGUAAUGAAAUACUUGUGUUUUCAGUACAACCAAAAUCACUUGUAAGGCUAAGCCUCGAAGCAGUCAUUUGCUUUAAAGACUUAUUAGCCAGCUCGUGGAACUGCCUUCCAAAGCACUUACUUCACAGUGUGAAUCAGAGGUUUGGUAGUAACAAUACAUCUGGAUCAUAAGACUCUACAGGUCAUGCCUCCAAUAAAUCUUGCAUGGACAAGCAAAAUUCUAAAAGGUGUAAUUAAUUUCACAAAUUGUGGCAUCAUCUGUAAGCUGCGUUGUUGUAAGCUUUUUGGCUUAAAUUUGCAUGUGAAUGGCCUAGAGAACCUAUUUUUGUGUCUGAAGAUAUUUGCAAUAAAUGUAUUUAAUGCAAAUGAUUUUCUUCUAUUAGAGCAAAAAGAAAUAAACAUAUUGGGCAAAAAGUCCAAGAAAUGGC